GUGCGCUGGCCACCGCCAGAAGCCGUCUAGUGGUCGAACGGGGAUGCUGGACGCUCUCCGCGUUGAUUUUCCGCGUGCGUGUGAUCGGAGCACUGAAGAUCCCCUUCAACAGCAGCAGCAAGCCAAGGUGAUGUGCGAGGGAAGCUAAUCGUGUGACUGAAGCAGUAUCUUCUUCCAGCGCUUGGCCAGUGUACGACGGUGUUGUGCCACACUAAAAUGGCCGGUGAAAAGGACGAAUCGGUAGAUGGUGGUGUGGUAGUGGAAGUGAAACCAAACGAACCAACGGAUAGUGUCAGGGAAAGUGAUCAGCAACAAAAUGGAUCGUACGAUCGUGAGCCUGUGCCGGAGCGUAAAUCGAGCUACAAUGGUUACAGUAGCGUUUACAACAAUGGCAAGAAAGCGGAGGAAGCAGAACAGGCCGAGAUGCAGAAGAUGCUACCCCAGGACAUCGAGGAUAUGUAUCGUGAUCUGCCACUGACGAAGGAUACGACCUGCGGUUUGUGGAUGUUUAAAGGACCGCUACUGCAAAGAUUCGCCAACAAGAAGGUGUACGUGUUCAUGUACGGUGUCGUCGGUUGCAUCUUCUCGGCUACGUACGCGUACUUUAAUGGUACGAUCACGACGCUCGAGAAGCGCUACAAGAUACCGAGCAAGAACACGGGCAUCAUCUCGGUGGGGAACGACAUCAGCGCACUGCUGCUGUCCGCCAUCCUUAGCUAUUACGCCGGAAAGGGACAUCGGCCACGCUGGAUCGCGAUGGGGUUGUUGAUGAUUACGGCUUUCUGUUGGCUGACGGCACUACCCCAUCUGUUGUAUGGUCCUGGUGAGGCGGCCCUUUCGUUGACCACCGAGUACGGUGCGACGUACGACGCCAACCAGACGCUGGAGGUGCUGGAAGCCCAGAAAGCAAAGACACUCUGUCGGACGAAUGCAACUCGUGGUGCGGAAUGUGAGAAGGAGGAGGGCAAUCUGGCCCCUCAGGUGGUCCUGUUUCUGGCACAGUUCAUCUCCGGUAUUGGCAGCUCGCUGUACUACACACUCGGCGUCUCGUACAUGGAUGAUAACAUCAAAAAGUCAAAGACACCGGCACUGGUCAGUGUUUCGUACUUUCUGCGGAUGCUUGGACCUGCGAUCGGAUACGCACUCGCUUCCUACUUCCUGAAGCUCUACAUUUCGCCCUCGAUGACACCGACCAUUUCGAAUACGGAUCCAAGAUGGCUUGGGGCGUGGUGGAUGGGUUGGAUCAUUCUCGGGCUCGUGCUAGCCUUUUUCGCCAUCUUUAUUGCGAUGUUCCCGAAGCAGCUGCCGAGGGCGGCCGCACGGAAACGGAUUGCGGCCGAGAAGCAGAAGCUCGGCAUGAAGCUAAGCGAGGCCGUCGAUGGUGGUCGAAGGGAGGAUGAACUGCCGGCUUCGUUUAAGGAUAUGAUGAAAACGUUUAAGCGGUUGCUACGCAACAAGAUUCUGAUGCUGAACAAUAUCGCUUCGGUGUUUUACUUCUUCGGGUACAUGCCGUACUGGAUCUUUACGCCGAAGUACAUCGAGACGCAGUACAAGCAGUCGGCAUCGACCUCGAGCCUUGUGACCGGUACGGUGGCGCUGGUGUUCUCUGCCGUCGGUGUGCUGCUGUCGGGGUUGGUGAUUUCGAAGUACAAACCGAGGGCUCGCUAUAUGGCGGCAUGGAACGUGUUUGUCGGUGUGCUCUCGGUGAUGGGUAUGAUCGCGUACGCUUUUCUCGGUUGUUCAGCGAGCGAGAACUCUGUUAUCGUCAACAUUCCUUCACAAACCGAUCUGACGCCGACCUGUAAUUCGGCUUGCCAGUGCGAUUACGUCAAGUAUUCGCCGGUCUGUGGUGAGGACGGUAAUACGUACAUCUCGGCGUGCCACGCAGGCUGUGGAACCCAAAGUCAACUCGGUGAUCAGAAGAUUUACGGCGAUUGUUCGUGCAUUGCAUCGGUGGUCAACUACACCAGUCCGCUGUUCUUGCAGCAGCUGUCCUCCAAUGCGACCCACACGACCUGGCGGUCUGCCAUAGGGCAAUCGCCUUUGGCCGGUGGGAAAGCCCUCGCUGGACCUUGCCCGAUGGAUUGCUACCGGGAGUUCGUCACCUUCCUGAUCGUGAUGUGUUUCCUGAAGUUCUCGGGGGCGACGGGCCGGGCCAGUAACUUCCUCGUCUCGGUACGGUGCGUCGACGAGCGGGAUAAGGCCGUUUCGAUGGGCUUCGGGAUGAUGGUGCUCAGCCUGAUGUCCUUCAUACCGAGUCCGAUCUUCUUCGGGUUGGUCCUCGACAAGACGUGCCUAGUGUGGGGUAAGACCUGCACCGGGAAGGGCAAUUGCUGGCUGUACGAUGGUGAAACGUUACGCUAUUUGCUGAACUUUAUUGCGGCCGGCUUCGUGCUCGUGGGUACCCUGUUCGACUGUGGUGUUUGGUAUUACGUGAAGGAUCUGAAAAUCUUUGACGAUGAGGUGAAGGACAAGGAGAUUGAGCUGGCGGAAAAGGAGGAAGAGGCCAUCACAGACCGGCCGGCGUGAUGAGAACGCGAUGUUUUUGUAUGUUUACGAUAUACUUUGUUUUUAGCUUUGUUUCGUGUUACUUUUGUAAAUAAACUUGUUAUUAGAGUCCACU